GCCCUUAGGUUUGGGGGAGAGUUAGUUGAAUUACCUCUUGUCUGCACUCUGCACUGCAGAUAGCUUCGGUGACUCCUCUCCUCAUUGAUCCUGUAUUAUUCGGAAUCCAUGGAAGCGGAAACGAGACGAAUCAGAAGGUUCGGGAGGCACACGCGCGAUGGCGACACUCUUCUCCCCCUUCAUGCUUCCUCCUCCACCACUCAUCACGUUUCUAACACCAUUUCCUGCUGGUAUUGCGACUACAAAAUCUCUUACUUCAACCAACCCCUUUUCCAAUUUGGUCGCAGACAUGCUAGGUUUUUGAGGGUCUGGUUUUCGAUUGGGGUUGGUUUUGCCCUUUCUGCAAUGCUCGGGGUUACUUUGAUUCUCCUUUGGGAGUUAGCCAGAGCGUUGCAUCUCUGUGGCGGCGGUAAUAAGCUUGGAAAUGUUGCCAGGAACUUGCUAUUUGGGUUGCCUCCUUCGGUGUCUGGUUUCAGCUUAUCACUUGCUGAUGCUGGCUAUAUAUGUAUUUCUACAAUCAUUUCGGUUUUUGUGCAUGAAUUUGGUCAUGCAGUUGCUGCCACUAGUGAGGGGAUUCAAAUAGAGUACAUUGCCAUCUUCAUUGCAGUUCUACUUCCUGGAGCUCUGGUCGCCUUCAAUUAUGAAUUGCUGCAAACUUUUCCACAUUCGACCGCCCUUCGUGUGUAUUCUGCGGGCAUUUGGCACAAUGCAGUUUGUUGUGCAGCUUGUGGAUUGGCAUUGUUCCUCUUGCCCUUAGUCUUGUUUCCCUUUUACAGCAGUGGUCAUGGUCCAAUGGUUUUGGAUGUGCCUACAACCUCACCUUUGUCUGGUUAUUUAGCUCGUGGUGAUGUUAUUCUAUCAGUGGAUAAUGUACCCAUUACAAAUGCACGAGAGUGGUUGGAGCUUAAUACUUUGACAUAUAACAUCCAGCUUAAGAAUAUAAAUAUUUCCCAGCACACUAGAGACUUUGGGGUUGUCAAUAAAGGCUACUGUGUUCCUAGUUUCAUGAUGAAAGAGAGCAAAGUAACUGAAUUGCCGAAAAACCAACAUGUUUGCCCAAGUGAACUUACUGCCUUCUUAAAAGUUCUAUGCUCUGCUAAUAUUACACUGGAUAAUGGUCAGACUGAAACUGAUCUCUCAAACAGCAAAUGGCCUGUGUACUGCUUAAAUGCUAAAAAUGUUGUCAAACUUAACAAGUGUGGUGAUGACUGGGGGCUAGCUACAACAGAGGGAAGUGGCUGCACAUGCUCUCAGGAUGAGUUUUGCUUAGCUCCGGUUCAGGAGCCUGGAAUGGUAUGGGUUGAGAUCGCAUAUUCAAGUCCUUAUCAUAGAUGUUUGCAUGAGCGAAACAGGUUUCCAGUUUCUGAAACUUCCGGCCUUAAGGAAACUGAUUGUGGUGGUACUUUUAUUUUUGUUGGUGAUGUUAUCUCAAUGGCACAUUCAAUUCAGCUUACAUCAUAUCAUCCUCGCUGGGGAGUAGAAGUUGUUGCAUAUUUUCCACAUUUACUGGAAAGGAUUUUAAUAUGGACAUUUCAUGUUUCUCUAGCUCUGGCUCUUCUCAAUGGAUUACCAGUGUAUUUUCUGGAUGGUGAAUCUAUUUUAGAUGCAGCUCUAUCCCACUUUACUUCGAUAAGCCAAAGGAAGAGGAAGAAGGUUCUUAGACUAUGCCUCCUUGGUGGGUUAGUUAUUUUUAUUAUUUGCUUUUUCCGGGAACUCCUUUAGAUAUCAUCAUUUUCUUGUAUUUUCAAACGAGUAUGGGAAUAUUUAACUCCUUGAACACAGUUUUGUAUACAUGUUAGCACAGCACAGAACGAAACACAAAUUUUGUUAUGCAUAUUUAAAGUAUAACAGGGAUAAAAAGAACUACAUUUUUGCUCCAUUAAAA